ACAAAAUGUAAGAGGAAGUUCUUGGAGUGUUUUAAAGACGAACUGGACUCUGGAGAAGGAGAAGUGAAAAAAAUACUGAAGUCUUCAGCUCAUGGACUUUAUCUGGAUCUUUAACACACUUUAACUUCAGGACGGACAAUGGGAAGGUGUUGGCAGUGGUUGUGUUUGGGUGUCGUGGGGAUUCUCGCCGCUUCGUGUCAGGGCGUCGAAGAGGCUCUGGAGAAUAUUACAAUCAAUGUGAUCCUGCUGGAGGACGAAGAGUCUCCCUGGAGUCUGGAGUUUGUGAAAAGAGAAAUAAAGAAGGCUGUAGAACUAGAUUCAACUAUUAAUGCUGCAGAAGAUGCAAAGUUCCAGAUCACACCUGAGUUUAAUGGGUUCAACACAACCAUGUAUCGACAAAAAGGCUGCAAGAGCAGCAUGUGUGAGGGAGUGGAACGGCUCAGGUACCUGCUGGAUUCAGGGACCCUGGGAUACGCCGUGCUUGGACCCACCUGCACCUAUGCUACUCACCAAAUGAUUGAUGCGGAGCGAGGUCUGAAGCUCAGUACGCCCAUAAUCUCGGCAGGAAGCUUCGGUCUCUCCUGCGACUACACGCUGAACCUGCAGCGCCUCCUGCCACCCGCACGCAAGAUUUCUGACUUUUUUAUCCACUUCUGGAACAACGACAACAGCAUCAAACCUGAGUGGGACACGGCCUAUGUUUACAAGAAACAGAGCAACACUGAGGAUUGCUUUUGGUAUAUAAAUUCACUUGAAGUAGGAGAAAACUUUCCCCUAAAUAUUUCAACAACGAUGCUGCGCAAACCAGAUGAUCUGAGCAACGUACUGGCAGCCAAUAACAGGACAAGCAAUCUGUUCAUCAUGUGUGGAUCUCCAAAGGAUGUAGCGGAGAUGAAAAGGGUCUCCCCAGCAGCAGACCGCAGUGAUAUUCUGUUUGUCCUUAUUGAUCUUUACAACGAUCAAUACUACAUCAACCAAUCAUCACAGCCGUUCAUGAAGAACGUGUUGGUGCUCACGAUGCCCAACGACAGAAACUACACUAUCAACUCAGACCUGAAGGACAACAACACGAUGAAUGAUUACAUGGCUGCGUACCAUGAUUCAGUGCUGCUGGUCGGCCAGGUGAUGAGAGAAAUUGCUGCAAAAAAUAAAUCGGACAUGGAGCAGAUGGAGUUUGUCAAUGUGAAUUACGUCAGAAACAUGUCCUUUAAUGGAAGUGCUGGAAACUACAAGCUGGACAAGCACGGAGACAGAGACGUGAUUUUCUCAAUCAUUUACACCACGUCUGCCCUCAAGUACGACUUGUUAUUCACAUUCGACACUGAGCUCAACAAAACCACAGUGAAAGAGACGUCCCCUUCCUUCAUCUGGGGAAAAAGACUUCUCCAUUCCAAACCAGACCAAGGCCUGGAAACUCAUGACAUCAUUGUCAUUGUGUUAGCUGUUACAGUGGUUGUCGUGGCCACCAUCGCCUUCAUUUUCUACAGACAGAACAGGAGAUCCCGGCAGGUCAGGAAGCGCUGGUUCCACAUCGCCUCUGAUCUCAUCACACCGAUGGAGAACAGCCAACUCAACGUCAUCAACCUGAAGAUUGAAAAAGAGGAAAAAGAAAAAAGGAAAACCAUGAAAUUCCAGAUCCGCCGUGCACUCUACGAUAAGAAGAUUGUGAUUCUGAAGGAGCUGGAGCACUCAGACGGGAACUUUAACGAGACCCAGACAAUUGACUUUAAUGCACUCAUGCAAAUCGACUAUUACAACCUCACUAAGUUUUAUGGCACGGUGAAGCUUGACCAGGCCGUGUUUGGAGUGUUUGAGUACGGAGAGAGGGGGUCGCUCAGGUAUGUGCUAAAUGACAAGGUCUCGUACCCAGAUGGGACGUUCAUGGACUGGGAGUUCAAGAUCUCCGUCAUGUACGACAUCGCCAAGGGUAUGUCCUAUCUCCACAACAGUCACAUCCAGGUGCAUGGUCGCCUCAAGUCCACCAACUGUGUGGUGGACAAUCGCAUGGUGGUGAAGAUCACAGACUUUGGCUGCAACAGCUUCCUGAGCCCCGGCAGAGACUUGUGGACUGCUCCGGAGCACCUGAGGAAGCAGGGCACCUCUCAGAAAGGAGACGUCUACAGCUUCGCCAUCAUCGCUCACGAGAUCGUUCUGAGGAAGAACACCUUCUACACGGAGAGCUACAUCGUCCGAGCAGAAAAGCUCGCCAAAGUCAUCAUGUCCUACUUCAGACCUGAUCUCGACUUUGAGGCGGCAUCGGAGAAAGAGUUAGAGGUGUACAUGUUGAUAAAAAGCUGCUGGGACGAGGAUCCAGAAAAGAGGCCGGACUUUAAGAGGGUAGAAAACACUCUGGGGAAAAUCAUCAGUAAAAUCCAUAACCAGGACAAUGAGAGCUACAUGGACAACAUGAUCCGCCGGCUGCAGAUGUACUCCAGGAACCUGGAGCACCUGGUGGAGGAGAGGACGGCCCUCUACAAGGCUGAGAGGGACCGAGCCGACUGCCUCAACUACAUGCUGCUGCCAGGCCCGGUGGUGAAGAGCCUGAAGGAGACGGGCGUGGUGGAGCCGGAGCUGUACGAGGAAGUGACGAUCUACUUCAGUGACAUCGUGGGCUUCACCACGCUGUGCCAGUACAGCACGCCGAUGGAGGUGGUCGACAUGCUCAACGACAUCUACAAGGGCUACGACCGCAUUGUUGACCACCACGACGUAUACAAGGUGGAGACGAUUGGCGAUGCCUACAUGGUGGCCUCCGGGCUUCCGAAGAGAAAUGGGAACAGACAUGCAGUGGAUAUCUGCCGCAUGGCGCUGGACAUCCUGGCGUUCAUGGGCACCUUCCAGCUCCGACACCUGCCGGGCAUCCCCGUGUGGAUACGCAUCGGUGUUCACUCAGGUUCCUGUGCAGCAGGUGUGGUGGGGAUAAAGAUGCCCAGAUAUUGUUUAUUUGGAGACACAGUCAACACAGCGUCUCGUAUGGAGUCUACAGGACACCCCCUGCGGAUCCACGUCAGUCAUCCCACUAUAAAUAUCCUGCAGAGGACGGACUGCAAGUUUGAGUAUGAGAUCAGAGGAGAAACAUAUCUGAAGGGUAAAGGCACAGAGACAACCUACUGGUUGACAGGUGAGACGGGUGAAGACUACGACCUCCCGACUCCACCCACAACUGAGAACUUCCAGCGGCUGCAGCAGGACCUCGCCCACAUGGUCCUGACGUGUUUGGAGCGGAUCUCUCGAGGAUCCGUCCGCAGGAAGAAGACGCUCUCGAGUCAAAGCACAGAGGACGACAAUGACCAGGAGUCAGGGGUGGAGUCUGAGAGCGAGCUGCCUGAGUAUCUGCACCUGGGCACCGUGGACAACACGCUCAGUACAUUCCUGUAGUACACACCUGAUGUUACUACAUGUAGUAGUCAGUUAGAGGCACAAAGGACUGUAGAAGUACGAGCAGAGAUGUGAAAAUUAUUUGAACACGUGAAGCCAAACUGAGGCUAUCGUACACAUGGAAAUUUCUCCUGCAUAUUGUCACAUUCACUGAUUGUAUAAGUACCUUACUUAACCUAACCUUACAGUGAGGGCAAGAUACAACUGAACUCAACACAAUUUACCUAAAAAAUAUUAGAUAUGUUUCAAUUCUAUAGAUAUUAGGGUUGUCACGAUACUAAAAUGUUCAACUCGAUACCGAUACUCAAGAAAAUAUUCGAUACUCGAUACCAUUUUCGAUACCACAUGGAUACAUUUAACAGAAAUAUUUUUAUAUUAACAAGAAAAAUGCAACAUGUAAAAAUUAACAGAACCACAGGUUAAAUAUUUAUAAUAAAAAACAGUUGUGCAAAAAGAAACUGCAACUAUGAUAACAAGCUUCAGAUACUCGAUACUUUUGAAAAUGAGUAUUGUAUCCGGAUACAACGUUUAGCAUCGAUACUUUUGACAACCCUAAUAGAUAUUAGUAUUAGUAGUUAGUAGUAUUAGUAGCCUUAAUUUAUCAAACAAAAAGUACAAUUAAAGGAAUACUUUACCCUUAAAAUGACCAUUUGGAUAUCAGUUACUCACUCUAUGUUAUCAACAGAAAAUCCUUGAUGAAUUCAAGUAAAUGAACAAAAAAAAUUAGACUUCUGUCUCAAACAGUUUUGAAGCCAGAGGUCUGGAUUGAAAACUGGAUUAACUGAGUUAAAUCUUUUUUGUUUGCAUAAUGUUAAUGCCUGUUUGUUUAAAUAGUGUCAUUGUUAUUUUAGAAAAAAACUCAAAAAUGCUAUUAUUUACUAUCUACUUAAUGCUAGGAGUGUAUUUUUUUUGUCACAGUGAAAUACAGCAACAAUAACACUAGUGGAAACCAGGAAAUAGCAUGUAUUUGAACAUAAAAAAAUUGUCUCAAUCGUGUGGAUAAAAAAUUUAACUAGUUUUGAAGCCAGAGCUCUGGAUUGAAAGUCUGAAAUCAUAGAAUGCAUGAUGUUAUGCUGUAAUUGUUGGUUACAAAAUAAUGGUUUUAAUGUGUUUCAGUGGGGAUUUUUUUGUGUAUUUAAGCAAAUUAUUAUGGGAGCUAUUAGUAAAAUUGCUUCUGACCACAGAUUCACAUCUGAACGGCUCCACAUUUUAACCUUAGAUUAACCGUUUUAACGGUUUAAGUGGUAACUACUGCAGCAGCUGUUGACUGUAUAACCAGAUGUUUUGUUUCAGACCAGUACUGGCAUGUGAGGUCAUCAUAAUUGUGUCAUGAUUGCCUUAAAAACAAGAUUUUCAAAUCUGCAUUUUAAACCAAAGGACAAAGAUUUAUUUUUUGUUGAGAAUGGUGACAUUCAUUUACAUUAAAAAAACAAAAAACACAAAAAAACAAAGAAAAAAUCACCUUUCACAUUGUUGAAAAUGUAUGUUGAUCAGGUGAAGAACAGUGAAAUGAAAACAGCAUUUCUUGAAGCCUGUACAGGUUCAUCUGAGGCGUUACAAUGCAUGUGUCACAUUGUUGUAUGUAUACAGACACUGAGGCUUUAUGGACAGCAGAGAGGGGAAAAAAAACUCCAGCAUCAGAUUAAAGUAUUUUUCUAUCCACAGCUGCCUGACAGAUGUUUGUU